CCAAGCCUUUUUUGUCCUAGUUCUGAUUAGGUGAAGGUGGGGUCAGUUUCAAAUUACUGCAUCAUCGACUUGGUGGAACCAAUAAAAUAUAUGUUCAUAUACAUGCACGUUUGUAUGUGUAUUUAACUUGGAUUUUGCUCACUACCUCUUAACUAUUAUGGGUUCCACAAAUUGUAGUCUACUGGUGCAUAUGUUACGAGCAUUAUAAUGAACUUUGCUGCCCUUCUUGCCUUUCAGAAACAAAGAAAUGAUGAUGGCAUUGGGAGUAAUUCCGGUGCUGCAGGAACUCGUUGCUAAUUCCAAUUUUGUUGGAGCGGCAACGGCACUUUACUUGAAUCUUUCUUGCCUUGAAGAGGCCAAGCCUGUCAUUGGCUCGACCGAGGCUGUCCCUUUCUUGAUCCGUGUCCUCCGACAUGAAAAUGAUCCUCAAUGCAAGCUCGAUGCGCUCCAUGCCCUCUACAAUCUUUCCAGUCACCCCACCAAUAUUCACCGCCUUCUGCCAUGUGGCAUUGUCGAAAGCCUCCAAGCUCUUAUUACACAUUCAACUGACAACACUUUCACUGAGAAAAGCAUCGCAGUUCUUAUAAACUUAGCAUCGCGUAAAACUGCAAGAGAUGAAAUUAUACUGGCUCCUGACCUUGUUAGUGGGCUCGCAAAGGUUUUGGAUGUUGGUGAGCUUGUUGAACAAGAACAAGCUGCAGCAUGUCUGCUGAUAUUAUGCAAUGGGAACGAGUCAUGCAGUCAAAUGGUUCUUCAAGAAGGAGUGAUACCUUCAUUGGUGUCAAUAUCGGUAAAUGGAACCGCGAGAGGGAAACAAAAAGCUCAGAAGCUUCUCAUGCUGUUCCGGGAACAGAGACAACGUGAUCCAUCACCAGCUCCUGCUCGGCAGCCUGAAAGUAGUGACACAGUCACGUCUGCUCGAGAUUCAAAGCCACCGUGCAAGUCAGAGUCGAGAAGAAAAAUUGGAAGGAGCUGGAGCUUUUGGUGGAAAACCAAGAGUUUUUCAGUAUAUCAGUGUUAAGAGUUGCUAGGGUUUUUCUCGUCAGUGAUGUAAAUUUCUAUCAUACAAUAUACCUUUGUAGUAUUUUCUGCCCUUUAAAUGGCAUCGUUUCUUGUUAGUUUCUCAUAGAAAUGUAUAGGCUCCUUAAAGUCAGAUGGGUUUUGCCUCAGCCUGCAUGCUAUGAAGUGAUGUACCUUUGUAAUCAAGAUGCGAGUAAUACGUAUAUACCAAUAUGAAGGUCAACAUAAUUCAUCGAUGCA